AUGGCCCAGCUGGGCCAUCGCGUCUUUCAUUCUCUUUCUCUCGCAUCAGCCUUCAAUCACGAUCAGAGCAACGACGCCGAGCAGGAGUAUGAUCGUCUGCGCGAGCUCGCCAGACAGGAGGCCUCGAAGCGAGGCGACUGUUUCCAACGGUCCAAGGAAGCGUACAACAAUGGAGACGGCGCGCGCGCCAAAGAACUGUCAGAACAAGGCAAGGCGCACGGUCGCAAGAUGGAGGAAUAUAACAAGCAGGCCUCCGAAUUCAUCUUCCGCGAGAACAACGCCAAUGGUCGAGUCGAGGCCGACACAAUCGACUUGCACGGUCAAUUUGUGGAAGAGGCGGAGGAGAUUCUGGAGGAGCGCAUUCGGUAUGCGAAAGCGCAUGGACAGGACCAUUUGCACGUGUACGUCUUGAGGAUGGCCAUCUUGCCCCCCCCCCUUGACUUUGAUCUCUCUUCACUCCCCAAGCCGGUGGCCCCCUUUUCGAUCGUCGGCAAAGGUAAUCACUCUGCCGGCCACGUCCAGAAGAUCAAGCCUCGUGUCGAACAAAUCUGCCGUGAACUGGGCUUGCAAUACGCCACCGAGGAGAACGCCGGUCGAAUCUACGUGAAUCUGACCGGUGGCGAGGCCGUCAUGCCACCGUACCCCGGGCCCCAAGCUCCUCAUCACGGUGGUGGCCAGUCCUACCCGGGUCAGCAUCACCAGCAGCAACAACAACCGUAUCGCCCGCAGCCGCAGCAACAGCAUCACCAGCAGCAACAGCAACAGCCGCAGCAACAGGAUGAGGUGGAGCAGCUGGUUACUAAGAUUGUGCGCAAGCUGGAGAAAGCGUGCUGUGUGGUCAUGUAA